AUGAGCACGUGGAGAGAAGGAAAUUCAAGAAACGAUAGUUCAGAUAAUCAUCAGUUUUGGUCAAAUCUCGAAAAUCAAUAUUUUUCAAAUUUUGAUAAAAGGAUAAUAAGCACAUUUGAAGAUCAUAUAAAAUGCACUGAUUAUAUAUGUAAUAAAAUAAAAAAUAAAAAAAUAAAAAAGGAGAUAUUUCAAAAUAUUAAAUGCCAAAAAAGCUCGGUUAAAAUUAAAUUAAAUAUAAAUGAUAAAAAAAAUGAAAAAAAAAAAAAUGGCGCAGCAAACAUUUCAAAAUAUAUGCUUCAAAAUAAUCAAUUCCUUAAUAAUAAUCCAUUUGGUCAAGAUAAUUUAUUCAGUCAACAUAAUAAUCAGUUUUUAAUAGAUCCUAAAAAUGAUAUAAGGAAUUAUAAAACACAUAUAAAUCCACUAUUUAACGAUAAACAAUAUAUAGAAAAUGUGAACCAUAUAAAUAAUAUAGAAAAUAUGAUGAGCAUAAAUCAUAUGAACAAUCGGUUUAGAGAUUAUCCACCAAUGUUUCGUAAUGAAGCAUGUUUUAUCGAUUGUAUGCCAAUGGCAGGUAACAAUUUAUUAUUAAAUACAAUGCCCAAUAAUGCAAAUAUAGAAAAAAAUGAAUUAAACUAUCAUGAUGAUAUGAAUAAAAAUAUAAACUUACCCUCGACAUGCAAUACUAACGAAACAAAUGAUAUAAGCCAAACUAAUUUAAACCCUACAGAUUCAUAUGAUAAUAAAAAUACUCAGCUUGAUAACACAAACACAGAUCCUAAUAUUAUUAAUCCUAGCAUCGAUAAUAGUAAUAAAAACAUUGACAUUACUAAUUUAAACGCCGAUAAUUCUAAUAAUUUAAUCCAACAUGAGCAUACAGAAAAUAGUAAUGCUCCCAACAUUAAUGAUCAAACUAAUGUAAAUGAAACUGAUAAUAAUGAAGAAAAUAAUGAUGUAAAUAAUGAAAAUAAUGCCGAUAUAGCUAAUAAUAACGAACUUAGCGGAAACAGUAAUGAUAAUGUCGACACUCUCGGUAAAUCCGAAAAUGACGACAAUGUACAAGGAAACGAAGUAAACAAUUUGCAAAAUGCGUCGGAAAAAAAUAACACACCCGUUUCCUAUUGUCCACAAAAUGAAGCAUCCUUAUCCAGUGAAAAUAAAAAUGAUGCCAUCGAAAACGUCGUUAUGACUUCAAAUGAUAAUGAAGACAACGACAAGAAAAAUGGCAAUGAUGUAAGCGAUUCAGCUUCUCUAAAUAAUAAAGAAGGUACAACUGAUGCCUUAUCUAAUGAUCUAAACAAUUGUGAUCCUUGUAACAAUAAUAACAUAGAAAAUUCUUCAAUUAAAAACGAAGAAAAUUCUAAUAUUAGCAAUGCCAUGGAAUAUGGAAUGAGAAAUAUUAACAGUGAGGGUGUAAUAGAAAAUGUAAACAAUCUAAGUAAUACAAUAAAUGCAAAAGGAAUGGAUUCAUCUUUUACUCCAAACAUUGACAAUAAUGAUAACAAUUAUUUUUCUCCAUUUAAACAAUUUAAUAACAAUACAUAUCCCAAUUCUAUGACCAACCCUUAUGAUAAUAAAAUAAAAACAGAUAUGAAUAUCUAUCCACCCCCAAUGAAUAAUUUUAAUCGGGAUAUAUAUCCCCCUCAUGAUGUUCAAGCCACAAAUAUAUACUCUAAUAUAUAUCAAAAUAAUAAAUGUGAUCAAAUUGGAAUAAAUGAAGAAAACAUGUUAUUUAUGAAUAAAAAUAUGGCUAUGUAUAAUAAUGGUAUGCCUAGAGAUAUAAUUAAUGGACCUAAUAAAUCUUUACCUUUUAAUGAUAUGAUAAAUUUUAAAAAUAAUAAUUUUUAUCCAAAUGGAUAUUACAAUUUUAAUGAAAUGGUAAAUUAUCAAAAUGCUAUGGCAUUCGAUAAAUAUGGAAAUGAUAAAUAUUAUAAAAAAUUAAAAAAUGAUAAAUCUAAAAAUAAAAGAAAAAAUGAAACAAAAAUGAGAAAACACAGUCAAACGGAUGACCAAGAAAAAACUCAUACUAGAUUACGAACCUCUAGGCAUGAUGGAAAAUUUUUUAAUCCACUUUUAAAUAAAAAAUAUGAUGGUGUAGGAAGGUUACCAUAUAUACAUAAUACGCCAAUUCCUAACGGUUUACACAUAUCUGUAUAUGUUCCCAAAAAUUAUGAUUUUUCUGAAAACAAUGAAAAGCCAAGUAUUUAUGACGAAAAAAUUGAGGAAUCUGAAACAGCAAACAACAUUGAUAAAAGCACCGAUAAUAAUGACCAUUCCAUUGUUAGCCCUAUUGAUAACACUAAUCAAGUCUGUGAUAUAAAAAAAACACCAGAACAACAAGACACAUACGAAAUAGAGACAUUGGCAAGAUUAUUAACAGAAAUUACUUUAGGAGAUAAGAAAUAUUUAUCAAACCGACAUAUAACAAUGGAAGAUAAAGAAAGGUGUUAUAAAUGUUUUUUAGACGAAUUAAAAAAUUAUAAUACAUUGCCAAUUAUUUUAGGUAAUAUAUUACCAUACUGGAAUAAACAAAAAAAUAAUAAUUUAGUAUACAAAAUUAAAAACUUAAGAGCUAACAAUGCAAAACCAAAGUAUAUUCCAAUUCAAAGUGUGAACAAGGUUUUAGCACGAAAAAAAAUUAAGAAGAAAAAAAUACUCAAAAAAAAAAAAAAAAAAAAAAAGAAAAAAGCCAAAAAAAUAGAUUCAACCACAAAUUUACUUAAUGAGUCAAACUUAACUGAACAAAACGCUUUAAAAAAUGAAGAAGUUUCAGAACUAGACAAAACUAAUGCAGAAAUAAGUACUGAACAAAGUUUGCCAACUAACAAAACUGAAAAUGAAAAGGAGGGGACAGUCAUAAAAACUGAAGAAAAAAAACCCCAAAAAUCAUGGAGAAGUUAUUUCCUAAUGGGUAGAAGUGAUAAUAAGACAACUGAUGAUGAAAAUGCUUUGAAAAAAAAUGAGGAUGAAAAGAAUGAUAAGGAGACACAAUCAGGAGAAGGAAAAGACGAACAUGCUACAGACGAAAAUAUCAAAAAAAUAUCUUCUAAUGAUGAAAAAAAAGAAAAAAUAAUAAAUUCCAAAAAAUCAAAUCUUAAAAAAAAAUCAAAAAAUAAACUUCGUCAUUUUGGAACGUAUGGAAAAAUCGGAUCAUUUAAUUUUUUAAAAAAAUAUAAAUUUAGUACACCAAAGAAUAGUGCUGUUCCAUUUAAUAGCUCUAUAUUUUCUUUGCAAAAAAAUCAACAUAUGUCAAAUGUUUACUUUGAGUUUAUAUUGACAAAUAUUAAUUUAGAUAAAUAUAAACGCAAUAUAUUAAAUGUAAAUUAUAACCAUAAUAAUUCUAUCAAUAAAAAAAAUAGAAUACAUUGCAUCAAACUGGCCAAGCUACGUAAUACUAAUACCAACAAUUCAGCCAAUAGUAAAAGUAAAAAAAAUAUAAAUCAAACCUCGCAAGAAAAAACAGAAAACAAUAAAUUUACAACUACAAAUAAGAAUGAAAACACAAUGGACAGUAACAAUUAUUUAGAUGGAACUGUAAAUACAACUAGCAAUAGUUGCAUUGGUGAUUCUACUUUAUUUACACCAAAUAAAUUAGAACAAGACAAAUGCCCAGAUUCUGUAGAACAAUCAAAUAACAUUACUAAUACAGAAAAUAGUACUGAAAAAAAAAAUGUUGAAAAUGAGAUAAGUACACUUAAUGAAACUGGCAAUGUUGAUAUGCUUUUAAAAAAUAACAAGCAUAACCAACAUAUUAAAAAUAUAAAUGAAGAAAUAUGUAUUUUAUUUUCAAGAUAUAUGCACAAUAUUAAACAACAAAAAAAAAUUAUUGUAAAAUUAUUAGAUAGUAUAAAAAAUGAAAAGAAAAAACCAUAUAAAUAUUGGUACUCAAUAGAAGAUAAAAUGAUUAAUUUUUAUAUAAACGAAUAUUUAAAAAAUAAAUUAAAUACUAAACAUACAUAUACAUUAUCAAAGCAAAUUGUCGAUUUAUUAAAAUUAAGAGUAACUGUUAAUCAUAGUUCUCAGUUACCUAAUAGUUGGACUGAAAAAGCUUUAUGUAAUAUUUGUAGCGUAGGUGAAGAUUGGGAUGAUAAUCCAAUCGUUUUUUGUGACUGUUGUUAUACACCUAUGCAUUCUUUUUGUACUGGAUUUAGAAAUGUUAAAAAUCAAAAUCUAGUAAAAAGAAAUCCAAAUAUGUCUGAUAAAGAGGAUACAAAAAAUAAUGAUAAUGAAAACGAAGAAAAUACGAAAUAUAAAAAUAAUAAUUAUAAAUAUGCAGGACCAAAAAAUAGUGCAUAUAAUAAUACUAACGGCGUUAAUAAUAAAAAUGAUUAUUAUCAACAAUAUAAUAAAGAAGGUCAAAUUACUAAAAAUUAUUUUAAUAAUAGUGAUAUAAAUAAAGAUGGAAAUAAAUAUACACAUGAUAACAAUAAUUCCUCUGGCAACCCUGGAAAGAAUGGUAGUGAUGAUAAAAAUAAAAACAAAAUUAAUUUAAAUGUUAUGAAAUAUUUAAUGGAGGAUAAUUUCAUUGACAUAAACUCUCCAAAUAGUAUGUUCAAUUCAGUUGUAAGUAAUAAUAAUGAUGAAAAAAAUGAUAAUGAAAAAAUGGAUAGUGAAAAAGAAGAUAGUCAAACAAAUUAUGCUACAUUGGAUACUCAAUUGACAAAUAAUGAAAAUAUGGAUAUAAAGAACGAGCACGAAAAUAGAGACGAUGAAGGUUAUUAUAAAUGUGGACUAAAUGACACUAACGAUAAUGAUAAUACUGAUAAAACUGAUGAAAAAAAAGAAUCAUAUAUAGAUACUUCUAUAUUUACCCAUGAAAAGGAAGAUAGACACGAUGACGACGAAGAAUCGAGCCAAAUCAAAAUGGAAAAUCCAAUUAUAGACCAAAAUAUAGAUCAAUCAAUUUCGAAACCAAUCAAUGAAAAAAUAAAACAAGAAACAAAUAAAAUUUCUACUGAUGCCGCCAAAACUAAUACUGGAUAUCCACCAAAUACAGAAGAAGAACAAUGGAUUUGCCCACUUUGCUCUUAUUUAAGAAAUCAGAUAUUGUAUAUUGAAGAUUCUGUUGCAUUUAAAAUUAUUAGACAUUUAAGUGGGCCUCAAAAAAAAAAAGAUAUUGAUUUAUUAAUUAAAGCAUGUAACGAAUAUAUUAAUGACAAUAAUAAUAACAUACAAAAACCUGGUGAUACUGCUAAUAAUGAGCAAAAUAAUAAUAAAAAUGAAGUUGAUGAUAAAAAAAAGAAAGAAACAUUUUCUUAUAUACCCCCAGAAGAAAUCAUUUUUCAAAGCACCUCUCAAAUGUAUUCGUAUAAAUAUAAAUCGAUUAUGCUUUUAUUUGAUGUUGAGUAUGAUAUAAAUUAUUAUAAGUUAAAAUAUCAAAUAGAAAUAAAGGAUAGUCAUGAUUUCUUUGAAAAAAUUGUUCUUAAAAAUCCGAAUAUAUAUAAAUAUAAAAAUAUUUUCAAUACUAUUAUGGUUAGUAAAAUUGAUAAAGAUAAUAAUUAUACGAAAUUUAUAAAUGAAAAUAUUAAAAUAUUUAGACAAGAAUCUUUUUAUAUUAAUCCAAAUUUUGAAGAUAGUGAUACUGAGGAAGCCGAGCAAGAAACCAAAAAAAAAAAAAGAGGUCGAAAGCCUCUAUUAAAUAAAAAUGAAUAUUCUAAUAAUAAACCAUAUCAUGAUAAAGUUUCAAAUAAAUUUAUAAAUAAAAAAAAUAAAAUACGAUCAAAGCAAGGUGGCACAGUUAAUAAACCACCAUAUAAUAAAAAUAAUAAUGUUACUUUAGAUGCUAAUGGCAAUGUAAUAGUUAGAAAAAGAGGAAGACCACUUGGAAGUACUAAAUUAAACAAAAUGAAAAUGCUUGCUCUUAAAAAUAAAAAUAUUACAAAAUCAGAAAUUACUCCCGAUGAUAAUCAGGAAUAUCCAAUUCAGGAAAAUCAGGAUACUUCUAUUACUACUGGUCCAAAUUCAUCUAUUCCGGCUUUGCCAAAUAGUCAAGUAAAUACCUUUUCUUCGAAUUUGAAUGAAUUAGACAACAUUAAUAAUAAAUCAAAUGAAAAUGAUAAUAAAAAUGAUGAUGACUCAGAUGGCUCUCAAUGUGACAAUAAUAAUGAAGAAGAAACAAUUAAAAUGGAUAUUGAGAUAAAAAAGGAAAAUCAAAGUCAAUAUAUCUCUUCCAACAAAAAUAGUGUAGAAUUUGGACAGUCCACUAAUAUUCUAAGUGUUAAUAAUAUAAAUGAAAACAAUAUAAGCUCUGGAUUGGAUGAAAAUGGAACAUUGCUAAAAUAUAACUAUAGUAAAAAUUUUUCAUUUGUUUUUAAAAUUCCAACGUGCUGUAUCUGCGAAUUUGGUUCAUUUUAUCAAGGAGGAGGACCAAUAAAAAGAACAAAUAAAAAAAAUCAAUGGUGCCAUAUUCGAUGCGCAUCAAUUAGUAAUUGUAUAAUAGAAGAUAAAAUUGAAAUCUGUAAUAGAGAAAGAAAUAAAUAUAAAUGUUCAUUAUGUUUACGUACUAAUAAUAUAGGUAUAAUAAAAUGUAAUGUUGCUGAUUGUUACAAAUAUUAUCAUAUAUCUUGUGCAACUUCUUCUAAUAAAUAUUUAAUAGAAUUAAAUGAAAAUAAUAAAUUAGUUUUAUUUUGUUCAAAUCAUUCUCAAAAAAAAGCACCAACAGAAAUAUUAAGAAAAUAUCAAAAUUUAAGAGAAAAAGAAUAUGCCAAAAAUAAAUUAGAAGAUAAAAUAAAUGUUGGAAAAAUGUUUGAUGCAUAUAUAUUACAAAAUUAUUUAAAAAUAAGUGACAUGAAAUUAUUUAAUCUUUUAUCAUUAUCUUCUUUAUCUGUAUUCAAAGAUUCGGUUAAUUUCAAUUAUGAUAAAUUUAAUCAAAGUAUGAAAAAUUAUUACAAUAAUACCCCAAAUGAUGAGUUUAACGACCUUUAUCAAAAUUUUGAUCAGUACUUAUUAGGAGAAGGAAAAGGUAUUUUCAACAAUUCUGGAUUAACUAAAACUUAUAUGAAAAAAUCACUAAAAGAAAACGAUGAUCUAAAUUCUGAAGUUAAAAAUGAAAAAGACCAGAUUGAUGUAAGUGAUAAUGGAACUAAACAAAUUAGCAUUAAUGAUGAAACUGCUGAAGGGGCAGAACGUGAAUAUGUUGAUCAAAUUAGAAAACUCGAUAAUAUUAAGGAAGAAAAUGAUAAAGCAGAAAAUAUUUCGCAUGAACAAAAAGACGAACCAAACAAAACUGAACAAGAUGAAGAUAAUAAAAUUGGAAAUGAUGCUGAAAAUAUGCUUUUGGCACUAGAAGAACCAACUAAAGUAGAAAAUCCACCCAUAGAUAUACUCGAUAUAGAAAAUAUUAAUAAAAUAAGUACUAGAAAAUGUAAUAAUAUUAUAAGUAUAAGUAGUUUUAAAAAUAUAUAUAAUGAAAAUUUAUUAGAUGAGGAUUCCUUGUUAAAAUUAAUAAUGUACGACUUUUUAAAUCUUCAAAAAGAUAUACAAGAAUUUAAUAGUACCAUAUUAAGUGAUAAAUAUAAAAGAUUAAAAAAUUUUGAGACUAUAUUAUUAUUAUAUCCACAUUUUAAUGAUUAUCAAUUGAAAAAGUUAUCAGAAUUAAUAUUAGAAAAAUAUAAUUCAAAUAUUUUAAACAUAAAAACAGAUGAUUCAUUUAUCGCAUUUUUUAAUAAAUUUCUUUCAUUGUUGAAUAGCAAAAAUCUGAUGAUAUGCAGUGUUUGUUUGUCAAGAGCAAUUUAUAAUGAACCUCGAAAAGAUUCAAAAAAAACAGAAACUGAUGAAAAUCAAAAUUCCAUAAACACAUCUAAUAUUGAUAACACAAAUAAUACCACUCAAACUACACUAAAUGAAACAAAUCAACUAAAGCGAAAAUUGAGAGGUACUUCAAGCAAUAUAACUGAUAGUUUUGAAAAUAAAAAAGAAAGAAGAUUAGGCUCAUUAAGUGUUUUAAAAAAAUGCUCACAAUGUAAUGUAUUUAUAUGCUACUUUUGUUGUCAUAGAAUGAAUAUAGACAUGAUUAAAAAUUUUAUAAAUAAUGAUAUUAAAAUGAAAUCACUUGAAGCUGCAGAAAAGCUUAAAAAUAAAGAUGCACCUCCUCGCCCUCUUGUACGAACAAAUAAAGUUGGAAGACCAUGUAAAAAUCCUCUCAAACUACUUGCAGCAGCAGCAGCCAAUGCUCCUACAGCUUCCUUAGCUCCCAAUGCAAAUGUUCCAACAACUUCAGAAUCAGCUAAACCACUUGAAUCAACUACAAAUUCCAAAUUAGAAAAUAAUGAAAACUCUCAAAAUCAAUCAAAUGAUUUGAAAAAUGAUUCAAACAAUCUUAAUGCACCAAAUAAUGAGCCUUCAAAAGAUAGUAUGAAUUGUGAUGUAAAUGAAAAUAAAGAAAUAACAAAUCAACAAAAAGAAAAACAAAAUGGUGAUAGUCAAGGUAUUAAUGAUGCUACAAACAAUAAUUUAGAUCCAGAAAAAAAUACAGUAGUUGUGAAAAAAAAUAGACCAGGUAGAAAAAAGCUUGAUCCUAAUGCUAAGCUAAACAUGUUGAAAAACAUUAUCCCUAAAACUAAUGAAGAAGAAAAAGAAGAAGAGUUUAUAUGCCCACGAUGUGAAUAUUUCAAAAUAAAGAAAAAAAUCGUUUUUUGUUCUUAUUGUCCAAGAUUAGAUGGAUUUUUAAACUGUUUUGAAGAUAAAGUAAAAAAAGAAUUACAAUUUGUUCAUCCUAAAUGUUUAGAAUAUGUUAAUACUGCUUAUUCAAAAAAAAAUAACAUUAAUGAAACCAAAGCAGGAGGCUUAAAAAAAGUAUGCAGCUAUUGCAGAAUAAAACAUGGUAUAGUUAUCACAUGUAGUAAUACAGAUUGUGAUGCUUCAUUUCACAUAUCUUGUGGUAUAUUGUUAGGAUGUAAAAUGGACAAUUUUUUUGGAAGAGUCGAUAUAUAUAAUCCUAAAAAAGCUUAUUGUUUUAAACAUACGUUUCAAAGCUGCAAAAAAAAUACAUUAGCUAAUUUUAUUAAUACAAAUAAAUUAUUUUACUUUGAAAAUUUUCUAUAUUUCCCAUUCAAUCAUUUAUAUAAUUUCUUAUUGGGUACUUAUAUAUUUAAUUAUUUAAACAAAAAAUGCAUAAAUCAUUUAUUGAAGCCUAUCAAAAUAUCUGAGCCUCCAUCUAUAAGUGCAUUAUUUGAAAAAACACAAUUUGGUAAUAUAAAAAGAAGUAUGAUGAUACCAUUUAAUGAUUACAGAAAAGCACAUAAAGACAAAAUGGGUCUUAAUAGCGAAUUUGAUUCUUCACAACCCAGUGCAAACAUAUACAGUAACGAUAUUAACAACCCCGGCAUGGCUCAAAAAAUGUUCAAAUCAAUGGGUUAUAAAAAUGAAGUAAAUUCUUUAAUGCCUCCAUUAAUGAAUAUGCAUCCUGACUAUAUGGCAGCAAAUAAUUAUAACUUAUUAGACCCUAUGAAUAAACUAAAGGAUAAUAUGUUAAUGUCAGAUAAAAGAAAUAUGAUGAAUAUGCCACCGGAAUAUUAUAAAAAUGGCUAUAUGAUGCAAAAUAAUCCUAAUAAUAAACGAACUAAAAAUAGUCAUGGAUAUAUUGACGAUGAAAUAACUGGAAAUACUAUGGCCAUGUCAGAACAAAAUGAUGCUGAUGAAAUGAGACAAUUUUCAAACUAUGGUUUUAAUCCUAGAUCCAUUGAUAAUAAUAGCCUUAUGUAUUAUAAUAAAAAAAUGGAUGGUAAUCCUAACAUGCUUCCAUUUUUUAACAAUAAUAUUGGUGGAUUAAAUCAACAAAACUUUUAUAACUAUUAUGGCCAUAAAUAUGAUCCCAAUUUAGAUAAAAAUAAUCUUUUGAACAAAAAAGGAAAUAAAAAUAAUGGCGGUGUAAGGAAAAGAAGGAAAAAAAUGCAACAAGAUAAUGUAAAUCCAUACAAAAAAUUUAAUGCAAAUAUUAUGAACACAUUAGAAAAUAAUAAUGGUACAGAAGCUCCUGUACAAGUAAAAAAAAGAGGUCGAGCUAAAAAAAAUAAAAAUCUCAAUAUUGAUAAUGCUAAUUUAGAUAGCAUAAACCCUUAUAAGCAAUCCUAUGAUAAUCCAAAAUCAUUUUUAAAGAAUGACUUUAUAGACCCAACGAAAAAUUAUAGUAAAUACAGCCAAUAUAUGGAUAAAGAUAUUAAAGAUUUCGAUACAGAUUUAAUAAAAGAUGAACAAAUAUAUAAACAAAAAAAUGAAAACGAUAUUAAUGAUGGUCAAAUAUAUUGCCCAGUAUGUAAAUUUGUUUAUGAAGAAUUAAGUGAUGGAUCACCAGCUGAUGGAUUAAAUUGGAUUGGAUGUGAUAAAUGUGAAAGAUGGUAUCAUUGGAUAUGUUGUAAAUAUUCUAUUGACAAUCCACCAGAUAUGGAAAAUGAUUGGUAUUGUAGUAUGUGCUUAAACAGCUAA